UAGGUUAUGUCAUGUCAAUAUAUUUUUAUCCAACUUCAACAUGUGCUUUUCAUUUUCUAUGAAAAACCGUUGUUUUUAUAAUUUAUAUUUAUAAAAUUGCCACUAUAUUUUCAAUUUAGAAUGUAAUUGCUCUGUUUUUGUAUAAAUUAGUGUGGUAAUUGUAAUAAUAUUUUUUGAAAGAAUUGCUUGUUUACAAAAAAGUUUGUUUUUAUCCAUUGAGCAAUGUCACUUUUUGUAGUGAACAGAUACUUGGGGGAUGGCAAUGAUGAAAAGAGUGAAAGAAGCAAUGAUCUUAACAAAUUAUUGCUUAAAGUUGAAGAAAGACGCAAACAAAAAGAAAAGGAGAUCAAAGUGAAUGGUACUUGUAUCAGAGAAAGUAAAAAAGAAAGACAUAAAAGGUUAAGAAAAUUGCGGAAGAAAGAGGAGAAGAAUCAAAAGAAAGGAGAAAAUGUUGAUGAUAAAGAUGAGGAAAAUGAUAAUAAUGAUAUUGAAGAGGAGGGGAAAGAGUGCAAUGGAUUUGGAGAGGGUGAGGAUCACCUCUCUCCUGACGAGUCUCCAAAAAAGGCUGAGAGUCAUUUGAGAAACAAGGAGGGAGACAAAUCUAAACCAUCAGGAUUUACCGUUAUUGGUGGUCAUGAUUUCAAGAAAAAAGUUGAGGUCAAAAGAUAUCUUCCUGAUUGGCUGGCCAAGCCCUUUCGAAUACCUACAGACCUGAAGAAUCUUACUACAAGUGUGGACGACCUUCCUGUACUUGACAGAACAAUUGUUGAUAACCUCAAAAAGAAUGGUGUCACGCAUUUUUUCCCAGUUCAAAAGGAAGUAAUACCAUGGGUGUUGAAUGAAAGACAGAAAUGCUCUACGGGGUUGAAACAUUGGCCACGUGAUAUUUGUGUGAGUGUUCCGACCGGCAGUGGAAAGACUCUCGCUUUCGUUCUCCCUGUGAUUCAGAGUUUGAAGCCGACUUUGAUACGACGAGUGCGUGCUCUAGUUGUUCUACCAGUGCAAGACCUGGCGGCCCAAGUGGCCAAAGUGUUUGUUCAGUAUGCACAGGGCACUGGUCUCAGGAUACUCACUGUAACUGGAAGGGCAAUGCCGCUUCACACCGAACAAUCGCUGCUUGUUCGACAGCGAGUGAACGGUGGAGGUUACGAGAGCCGAGUGGAUAUAGUGGUGACGACGCCGGGACGCCUGGUGGAGCAUCUGACGCAGACGCCUGGCUUCAGCCUCAGUCACCUGCAGUUCCUGGUCAUAGAUGAGGCCGACCGCGUCAUUGACAACGUCAAAAACGACUGGCUCUAUCAUCUCGAACAUCAUCUGCUCACUGCCGGUAUAAAGCGGAUUCCGACGCUGACAUUGGACACGUUGAACUCAGAUCCGGUGCGACCGCAGAAACUGCUUUUCUCAGCCACUAUGACCCAGGAUCCGGAAAAAUUGAAACUGCUCAAUCUGUUCCAGCCACGCCUCUUCACUAGCUCAAUGGACAAUUCAAAUGAUAGUAAAGAUGGCGUUGGGAGAGAGGAGAAUGCGGGCUCGGUGGUGGUUCCGUUGGAGUUGCAGCAGAUGUGGCUGCAGUGUGGCGAGCAGCUGAAGCCAUUGGUGCUGUAUCACGUGUUGGCAACGAAGGGGUGGCGGGGCGUAGUCUGCUUCACUCACUACACGGACGCGACACAUCGGUUGGCGCGACUCCUGUCGCUCGUCAGCGCCGCCUGUCGCCUGCCACUCAGUGUCGAAGCCAUCUCGUCCGAUGUCGCCUACGAGCAGCGCAACGCAAUUGUCGCCGACUUCACACGCGGUGACAUCGAUGUACUAGUGUGCUCUGACGCGUAUGCAAGAGGAAUGGACAUCAGUGGUGUGCGCUAUGUCAUCCUGUACUCACCUCCCAAGCACCUCAACAACUACAUCCAUCAGGUGGGGCGAACGGCCAGAGCUGGGGUGGCCGGCACCUCUCUCACUCUUCUCACCCCACCACAGGUGAAGUCAUUCCACAAGAUGUUGAAAAUGUCAUCAUUUACCGGGAAACUUGACGAAAUGAAAAUAGACGAGAAGGAGCUCUCUUAUCUUGAAGAUGCAUACCGUGAUUCACUUAUCGCGCUGAAAAAUGAAGCAACGGUAGAGCAGAAGGAAGGCAAAGAAAAACUCAAGAUUACAAAAAGGAAACGCAAACAAAGUGUUAUUUUUCCUCAUCAAAAGGACACAAAAAAAUCUAUCCAGAAGCAUAAAAGAUGUAAAAGAUAGUAUUGUAUAACUAUGUUUCAUAAUGAUUUUUUUGUAUCAUAAUAACUGGCGAAUAAAACUAUACUUUUGUCUCCCAAUUA